AGCCCAAAAAUUCCAAGUAUAAAGGGCCGACCAAAAAAAACCCCCUAGGGCCCGUAAUAAACUUGAGCCAGCAGCACUACAAAGAUUGGUCCAAGGACAACAAACGUGAUGAAAAACUUAUAACCCUAAUUUUUGGUUACAGAACAAAUCGCUUUCUCAUCUUCUUCCUUUGGAGAAACAACGAUGAUCUCGGAUCUCCCUGCGGAUUUAUUAGAGGAAAUACUCUAUAGAGUCCCAGCCACAUCUCACAAACAGUUAAGAUCUACUUGCAAACUAUGGAACGUUUUAAUAAAGAAAAACCGAAGAUUCACCGAAAAGCACUUUCACGAAGCUUCAAAGCAGUCAGCGGUACUGAUGUUGGAUGAUCGUAAGGUUCGUUCAAUGAACGUUAAUCUCAACGUUUCUGCUCCAUCUAUAGAGUUUAAGAGUGCACUUAGCCUAAAGGAUUCACAUUCUAAUUUAGAACAAGUUAAUAUAGCUAGAGUUUUUCAUUGCGAUGGUUUGUUGUUAUGCACCACCAAGGAAGAUAGACUCGUGGUUUGGAAUCCGUAUUUUGGGGUAACCAGGUGGAUCCAACUCAAAUCUGAUUAUAAGAGCGACUUUACCUAUGCUCUAGGAUACGUAGAUAACAAAUCUUGUCGUACCUACAAAAUCUUGAGGCCUUGGGAAAUACCUAGCAUUGAAGGUCUUGGGUUAGAAAUCUAUGAGUUUAGUUCUAAUUCAUGGAGGGUUCCUCUAAGUAACGUCGCUUUAUUAUACACCUACUUCGAUUCUGAUACUGGUGUGUCUUUGAAGGGAAAUACUUACUGGCUUAAUUAUAAUAGUGAAGAUUUCUUAUUCCCUUUUGAUUUUAAGACAGAGAGAUUUAAAUGUUUGCCUCCGCCAACAUGGAUCGAUGGUACGGUAGUUCUAUCAGUUGUUAGAGAAGAACAACUCUCACUUUUAUAUGAAAAUAAUAGAACAUCAAAGAUGGAGAUAUGGAUUACCACUAAUAUUGAUACUGAAGCCGAGGUGUUGUGGAGCAAAUCUUUUAUAGUGGAUUCAGAAAUUCAAGAUCCUUAUACUUAUCAUAUUUGCUCGAGUUCUUUGAUUGAUGAGGAGAAGAAAGUGGUUGUGUGUUGUAUUGUAAGUUCUGAUCAUUACAAUAGGAUUAAUAGGAUGUAUACGGUAAACAUUAUUGGUGAGGACGAUGAGUAUUAUACAGAAAUUCCUAAUGACGAAUCCCUUAGUGCUGAGGAUGAUAAAUAUUUGUCUCGUCGGUGGCCAAUCAUCUUCAAUUAUGUUCCAAGUUUGGUUCAAAUAUAGCAAGGUAGAGGCAAAAGAAGAGAAGGGAAAUAAUUGAUAAAAAAAAAAAAAAGAAGUAAGGUUGUAGCUCGUCUUUGUUUCCUAUGGUUAUGUUUUUGUAGACAAUGUCGUUUGAUUAAAUCAAUGAACUGUUCGUUUAUUUUAGCUUUUCUGUACAUCACUUGUUAUUUUAUUGAUUCCUUUAUUUUCUUGCGUUUCAUAGACCAGCAUGAUUGGAAGUAAAGUGUUGAUAAAAUGUAGUUUCAUGAUUUGCGGUUAGCUGUUAGUUUGUUUUUCCAGAUAAUGAGAAACGGGUGAGAAGGUUUUUGCUA